GGUUCAGAAUAGAAAGAGCACGCCCAGGAGAUGAGGCAACGCAAGGUCCGAUAAUGGCGGAUGCAGGAGCAGCGGCAGCGGCAGCAGGAGCAAGUGGCGGAGGAGAGUACUGGUGGUGGUGGGCUGCCAGCACUGCCCAGUUUGCCGCCGGCAUCAACUUCUACCGCAAAGGUUAUUGCGGCGAUUCUCGCCUCAUGCCUUUGAAGGCCUUCGCCGUCGCCUCUCUCUUCGUCGGCGCCUCUGCCUCCGCCGCCCUUGCCUUUCUUCGUUCCUCCGGCAUCCACUCCUAAAUGUGAUGGGGCAAAUGCAGCCAAAAUGAAAGAAUUAGGCAGAGUGUGAUUGAAAAGGGCUUCGGCUUCGAGUUGCAAGUAUUUUUAUCUUUUGGAGGAUGUUUAUGUGUUUCUUCUUUUCCUAGGGUUGAGUUCUUCUACUCUGAAUAUGUGAACUUUUCAUUAUAUCUAUUAAAAUUCAAUCGAUUCAAGCCCUAUUCAUACUUGAUUAAUUAGAAGUACAUUCUUUUUUUGCUCGGUAUUUAGAGUUACAUUCGGAUUGAACACACAAUUUCGACCUUCUUAGCCUUGCUCCCGAACCUCAGCUUGGACUCGUCCCUUAAGGUAGGACUCUAUGAAGAUGCUAAACCAUUUGCGCGAACCAAGCUAAGCCUAAAAAUUCCAUUACUUGAUUUGAGUCGGGUGGCUAAUGCAGGACCAUUACAGCUGGCUGUAACAUACAUUGGUAAAUUUGCAGGACCAUUACAGCUGUAAGAUGCAUUGGUGAAUUUCACAACCAUAAAUGUGUCAAUGUAUCACAGUAGAGUCUCAUGAGGCACUUGAUGCCUUAUAGGUACAUGUUAGUCAUUAUUAAGUUCCUGAUAUUCGUAUGUAAGUUUUUAGGUAUUCUUUGCCUCACUGGUGAGGCUUUUCUAGGUUCCCCCCUCCCCCCCACGCCCCCCCAAAAAAUCAAUUUUUCUUUGUGCUUUUUCAAUGUUUUCUCUUGGUUUUCUUUGAUUGGAAGUUUUAAGUGAUUAGAGCCUCAACAAUCUUAUAAACUGGUUUGUAUUCAGUACGCUAAGAAAUGUGCGGGGACAAUUAGAGUCAUUUAUUUAAGGAGGGAUUAUCUCUAGAUCUAGCUCUUUAUUAGUGGGAGGUUCCAGAUAAUAGUUUUUAGUGAAUGUUUCAAAUAGCUUUACGUUCUAUUCUUUGACAGGUGUGCCUUCAUUUCUCUUUUAUAUUCAACUGUCAGAUGAACUUAUUAUAAUUUCACUUGGAAGCUACUCCUACUCAUAACUACACUUUUACCUUCACUUAACUCUUUUAACUUUUCUAGGGAUUGGCUACAUGUAUCCUUUGCCAUUCUGCUUUAUCAAUGUCAUUCACGGUUAAUCCAUAAUUAGGACUCUUUCUUCGUUAUUUCAAACUUUCAAUCCAAGUCAAUUUGACCUCCUUAAUUCUCUAGCAAUACCCUCAAUGUGAAUGGUAGCUCUUUUAGUUGGGUUCCCGUGAUGUAAAUGCUGCCUUUAACUUCAAUCUACUUCUGUUUCUUUAUUUCCUGUGGACGAUAGCAACCUGGUUCUCUAUUGCAUUUGUUAGUCAAUUGUUGGUAGCUUUAUUUUGUGUUGUAAUAUCCUAUAUAUCACAUAGAAUGCUCAGAAGCUUGAUUGAAGCUAUAAGAUUUUCACUCAAGCUUCAUUCGGAGGUGUGUUAGAGACGUGUAACAGAUAGAGGUAGUCAUGGAAGACGUGGUGGAAGGGAAAUGCAAGAUCUGUAGGACGAUUGGAGAUGCUUUGAAUAGUCUGUGGAAAGGGAUUGGGGAGGUUUUGGAUGGCUUCACCAAAUCCUUAUGAUUUGCUAAAGUAGUUGGUGAACCAAGGUUACUUCGGCUGCAGCUUUCUAAUUGGCAAUGGCAUUUGGAGUGGUCUUGUGUUUGCUCGUAUAGUUUGGAAGAAGGAUAAUCUUUAAUCGUUGUUCAUGUGUGUAAAGGCAUAGUGAAGACUAUAAAUUGCAUCCUGAGCAUUGAUAUUAUUGCUGAGAGGAGGAAAAAAAAAAGGGGUGCUAUUAGGAAGGAGGUCAUCUAGUCAUCUUCAGAACUAAGACUUUUUUUUUUUGCAUGAACGGUCAGUCCAUGAAGCACCAUUUUUUUCUAUUUGCUUUUUUUUUUUUUAGUUGCAUUUACCUCGAUUUUCGCUUAUGGGCAGUGCAA